UUGCAGCUGUAAUUGCUGCAAAAUCCAUGCGCCAUGAAGAAUAUCAAACAUUGGAAACAAAUACUCAGAAAUGUUGAGUGGUUUGCUAGGUUUCCUGAAGACCCACCCCAAAGCAUUGCAAAGUGGAACAUCACCUCAAAAUCUUUCACAAUUUCUUGGGAUCCUCCAACUGUUCAAACAGGAAAGUUCAACUAUAGGAUCGAGCUGUACGGGCCGUCAGGUCACAUCUUUGACAACAGCACCAGGGACCUAAAAUUCACCUAUUCUGGCCUUACACCAUAUACGACAUAUACAGUGUUUGUUGGAGCUGAGACUUUUGCAGGGCCUGGACCAAAGACCAAUGUAACCCUCAUAACUCCAGCAGAAGCUCCCAGUGCGGUGAACGAUUUGAAAGCAUCAGCAGUCGAUUCUACAUCUGUGAAGCUGUCAUGGAAAAGCCCACUGCAGCCAAAUGGAAUUAUUACCCAAUAUAGGAUUUUGGUUUUCAUAACACCUCCUGGCAUUCUUGUGCAAAACAUUACACUCACAGGAAAAACAGAGGAUUUAAAUGACUCAACAGUAGUCAGUGAUGGUAUGUUAAAGCUGCCUUCCAAGAAGGACACUGCCGUACUAACUAACCUUUCUAAAACACCCCUCCUCACUGACAAAAUGAGCACCACUUCAGGGGCGUUGGAGAGAAGCAUGCCGUCAACCACACGAACCCCACUAACGGCCACACAGACACAGACCUCCUCGAUUGCAGAGAGUUCAAGCACAUGGUUAUAUAACACUGUCUAUUCACUGCCCUCCACCGGCUCCAGCACUACUCAGAUUACUGACUUCACAGCGCCAUCUGGAUCGUUACCUACAGAAACUGUGCCACCGCAGCGAAGAGCCUUAAGAUCAGUUAUUACAGUUGUCAAGGCAGGUGGAGAGGCUGAGGCUUCUUCCCUACACUCAAGUCCCACACAGCCUCCCACUUCCCCGAGAGCUCUGGGUAAUGGCUUUCCAAAUGUCACUGGAGCAGGAUCUACAAGUAUCCUGGUCACCAAUCUCUCUGCAGUACAGAUGUCACAUGUUAUUAAGACUCUGAUUCCCUUCACUGAGUACUUGUUUAGUGUAACUGCCUCUACCGAAGUUGGAGAAGGGCCAUCAACCAAUAUCAGUGUGAAAACGAGGGAACAGGUGCCAAGUUCGGUUCACAGAGUUUAUUAUCAAAAUAUAACCUCAACCUCAAUUCUGGUGUCUUGGGAACCACCUAUCAACCCCAAUGGCAAGAUUACACAUUUUACAGUCUAUGGAAUGGAGCUGCUCACUAAGGAAGCCUUUCACAGAAUCACCAAUAAAACCAGUAUCAUCAUAACAGGACUGAAGAAGUAUACAGAGUACAAACUGCGAGUAGCUGCAUCUACUGGUGUGGGUGAAAGCUCUCUUUCUGAACAAGAUGACGUCUUUGCUAGAACCAUGGAAGACGAACCAGAAUCUUCUCCUCAAAACCUCACUGUUCAACAUGUUACAUCCUCUACUGCUGUCAUUAGCUGGUUACCCCCAGAAAAGCCCAAUGGCAUUAUUACAUAUUACAAAGUUGCGUAUGCUAUUGACACAGAAGUCAAUACAAAGAACAGCACAACGACAACCGUUACACUUCAGAACCUAAAACCACAUUCAGUCUAUAACAUCUCUGUAAGAGCAUAUACCAGAUAUGGGCAUGGAAACCAAACAUCCUCAGUGUUGAAGGUUUUGACUGGUGAAGACGCUCCUGGCAGUCCACCAUUUUAUUUGACAUAUAAGAAUAUUAGUUCCACCAAGGUAGAAGUUUCAUGGAUAUCCCCAGUGCAUGCCAAUGGCAUUAUAUUAUCUUACACUGUAGAAUACUGGAAUGCAUCCCACUCUCUCAACAUCAGCAGUAACAGCACUACAGCGAUCUUAUCCAACCUGAGGAAAUAUACACAAUACUGGGUAACAGUGUCGGCUAACACCAAGUAUGGAAAUGGAAACCAGACCAGUGACAUUGUAAAUGUGAUAACUGUGGAAGAUGUUUCCACCCAUUUGUUUUCUACUGGCAAGAUUCAGUCCUACAGUCUCCUUUGUGGGCGGUGUCAUUGUUCAUCAUCACCAUACCAACUCUGCUGGCCUCUUUGUGAUCAUUAUUCGUAUGAGGGUCGGUCAUAUCUGGCGCUAUCCUUCCUGGCUAAAGUCAUCUGUUCUGUUCCAGUUCCUGAAGAUUCCAUUCAAAACCUGACUGUCCUGAUUAUUGAAUGGGAUCUUGCUUUCCUGGCUUCCACCUUAAAACCAAAUGGCCAUAUCACAAAGAAUCAGCUUUCAGUGGAUAACAAGCAGACUUACCAGGUUUUUCCUACCAAGGUUUCUGUUGUGUCUAUCAGUCAUUAUGGUUUUAGGCCUUAUACUAGUUAUGGUAUUACCAUUAGCACCUGUACCAGCAAAGAACCAGGACCCAGCUACUCCAUCAAAGUAAUGACUGCUGAAGACAUUCCAGGUGGAUCUGUAUACAAUCUCACCUACCAAAAUCUUUCGUCAACAAUGAUAAAUGUAAGUUGGUUUCCACCAACUUCCCCAAACGGAAAAUUGUUUUACCAUGUUUCUCUGUGGGGCUCUCAGAUGGCCAUUCCUAUAUCGGAGGGCACUACCAAUAAAACAAACUUAUUGAUUGAGGAUCUCCAGAAGUAUACUGGCUACAUUUUGAAAGUUACCCUCGCAACAGCUGCAGGCUUCUCUGAAAAUACAAUAGCAGCCUUAUACAUCAGAACUGACGAAGACACUCCAGAAACACCUCCAGUGAUCACCACAUAUAAAAACCUUACAGCAACCUCUAUCCAACUCUUCUGGAACCCCCCUGCCCAGCCAAAUGGAAACAUAUUAUUGUGCAUCCUCGUGAUCCAUGGACCAACAGGCACCAGUUCCUCCAGUACCUCAAAACUAUCCGCUUCUCCACAAAACUUGGUAAUGGUUAACCACACAGCAGAUACAGUUUGGUUAAGAUGGGAUCCUAGUCCUGAACCAGAUGGAGUUGUGCAGAUCUACAGCUUCAAAAUAUUUGAAAACAACAGCCAAACAAUAUCAUACAAGAAUACAUCAGGACUCUUCACAGACACACUCUUAACAGGAUUUAAACCAAUCAGUGUGUCAACAUUCACGAAAGCUGGGAAUGGAAAUCUGUUCAGUAACUAUGUCGGUUUAUUAACAAACAAGUCAGUUCCAGAUGCUGUUCAAAAUCUGCACUGCAUUGGGACAAGCUGGCAAUCUGUUCUGAUCCAGUGGGAUCCUCCAACUAAUUCAAAUGGAGUAAUCACCCAUUAUAGUAUACAAUUUGGAGAGGGUGCCCAGGAAUUAAAUCCAUCUGACAAUGUGUACACUGUUCGAGAACUGCUGGCAAAUACCACUUAUACAUUCCGUGUAAUAGCUGCCACUUCUGCUGGCAUAGGAAAAGACCAGACAUGCUUUGCCGAGACAUUACCAGAAUCAGUCCCAAGUGCUCCUAAGGAUCUAAAUAUAACCAAAAUUCCGUCAACAAGUGUCACCUUAAGUUGGACCCGACCAGACGUGGUGCCGGGCUACCUGCAGAAUUACCGGAUUGUGGGGCAGCUGCUGUCUAUGCUGUCUAACAGCUGGAACCCCAGUGGAUGUAUUGAGAAUAAAGUUGUCCAAUACGUUUCCGGGGCAGACGAUUCUCUGGAGGCGAGCAUAUACUCUCUAUUGAAAUUCAGGAGGUAUAGGUUUAGUCUUGCUGCUAGCACUAAUGCAGGCUAUGGCAAUUCGACAGACAGGAUCUCUACAAACACUUUGCCAGGCAACCCUGACGCUCCUCCUCAGAAUGUAACUGCGGUCUCAAGAUCCUACCAUACCAUUGCUAUCAGUUGGAGGGCCCCAGAGGUUGUUACUGGCCCUACAGCCUAUGUAAUAGAUGUGACUUCAGUAGACAGUCAAGACUAUAAUAGGACCUUCGUGAAAAGAGAUGAGGAAAGUAAAAAUAUUGAACUCUCCGACUUAACCCUGUUUGCAAGGUAUUCUGUUAUAGUAAUAGCAUUCAGUGGAGAUGUUAACGAAGCCCGGAUCUAUGGAAAAGCCAGUGUUCCUGUAAUUGUCACAACACUACAGGACACACUUAAAGACCCACUGAAAAACGUGACUCUUCAAAAGAUACCAGAUGACGUGACCAAAGUCUAUGUGAUGUUCUCACCUCCAUCUGAACCUAAUGGCGAUAUUCAGUUCUACCGAGCAGUGGUUUAUAAAGAAGAUGAUCCUACUGACAUAGAAAUUUUGGACCUCAGAAUUAUUGAAAAUAAUACUGACACGUUGACUGCUGUCGUAGAGGGGCUGAAGGGAGGGUACACCUAUAAUAUAAGCGUAUAUGCUGUCAAUGGAGCUGGUCCAGGUCCCAAGACAGAGCUAAAAAUAACCAUGGACAUCCAAGCACCACCUGAGUCCAGCAUGAUUCCAGCCCCUGCCUACAAUGCACAUGGAGCCACGGUCGUAACUGCUACAACAAUAACAGUCCAGAUGCCUAUCUGUUUCUUCAGUGAUAGCCAUGGGCCAAUUGAAAAAAUACAAGUUAUCAUUGCAGAAGCAAAAGGUAAGAAAGAAAAACAAAUCUGGAGUUGGCGGGACUCUGGCCAGGCGAGACCAUACUUGGCUAAUAAAGGCUUUAAAAACCCUCCCUGCACUGAAAGGAUGAAGAGACAGACUACCUCAGCUGGCACAUAUCUUUUAGGAGCUGAAGAUACCUGCAUGCCAGAAGGAAAUGAAGAGCGAUUCUGCAGUGGCCCUCUUAAGCCAAAAAAAGAUUAUGUAUUCAAAUUCAGAGCAACAAAUUUUAAAGGCCAGUAUACUGAUUCAGUGUAUUCCAAGAUUGUUACAACUACAGGGGAGGGGUUAUCCGGUCGGACCGUGGAAAUAAUCUUGGCUGUGGCUUUAUGCGUGCUUUCAGUAAUCCUUCUAGGGGCUGCAAUAUAUGCUUUUACAUGACUCAGGCAAAAGCAGAAGGAAGGAGGAACCUAUUCUCCACGGGAUGCUGAAACCAUUGACACCAAAUUCAAGCUCGACCAGCUGAUAACAGUAGCAGACCUGGAACUGAAGGAAGAGAAAUUAACACGACCUGUAAACAAGAAAUCUUUUCUGCAGCACGUUGAAGAUCUUUGUGCUAACGACAACGUAACGUUUCAGGAGGAAUUUUCGGAGCUUCCAAAACUGCAUCAGGACCUUGCAACAUCAGAUGCCGACCUCCCUUGGAACCGAUCCAAGAAUCGUUUCACCAAUAUCAAGCCGUAUAACAACAACAGAGUAAAGCUAAUGUCUGAAGCCGGUGUGCCUGGAUCAGAUUACAUCAAUGCCAGUUACAUGUCAGGCUGUCUGUCCAAACGAAUUCAUUUCCACUCAAGGUCCGUUGCCAGGCACUGUGGCUGAUUUUCGGAGGAUGAUCUGGUAGACGGUUUGCUGACGCAAUGUUUCGAGAAAGGCAGGAUCAGAUGUCAUCAGUAUUGGCCUGAAGACAACAAGCCAGUGACUGUAUUUGGAGAUAUUGUGAUCACAAAACUAACGGAAGAUGUUCAUCCAGACUGGACCAUCCGGGACCUGAAAGUUGAAAGGGUGACGUGGAGCUUGAAUGGGAGGAAACCACCAUGUAAUUUGUAUUUACAACGAAGGUUGGCUUUGUUUUGGGUUAUUUAGGUUUUAAAAACCAGCAACAAAAGAAAAGUACGGACAUAGGGGCCAAAUCUCUGUGAAUAAACCUCCCCCUACCCUUCAUUAUGUCGCCACUGUGCCUUCUGUCUCUUCCCUCAGAUCAUGCAAGACAACACAAGAGUAUCAGAUCUUUUUUACACAAAAAAAUAUUGUAUUUUAAAAUCACAUAUAUUCUUGUACUGCUAAUUUAAAAUGUCUUUGUAUUUCUUACUUCUAAUUAUUGUAUUUUUGUGGUAAGAUAAUGUAAGCCAAACAGGUUUUUGAGGCAGAUUUUUAUUGGAUUUUUGUUUGUGUGUCUGUGUGUAAAUUCCAGGGUGAAGAAUAUAAUGUAUUUCUGUUUGGAUGUAAUGUAAAGGCAAUAGUUCUUUGAGAGGAUUGUUAUUUUGGCCUCUAUAGUGUUGACAUUUCUUGUGGAUUACUUCCAGUGCUGUCACAUUAAACCCAUUUAAGUGUAAGUUUUUGUACUUUGGAUCUUCAGCUUUAUGUGUCUUCGCAGAACAUCCCGUGAUCCUGAACAGCUGAGCUGUCACCCCCAGACACUGCAGGGAUUUAUCUACUACUGCAGAGCACACAGUAGCUCUUCAGGGGCACAUAAGGGCUAUUAAAACUCAUUUCUCAUCGACAACUUUGACCUAACUUUAUGGACCAUCUGAGCGCUUACUCUGCAAGCUGAAAGUUCCUAAGCUUUCCUGCAUGCUCUGUUGUACAUAUAAAUAGGGGACUAUGUUUAAACUUAUCAGUCAUUUUAAAUAAACCACUACAUCUCAGUGAUGCAAUACAAACAAAUAAGUUACAACAAAGCGAUUAAGUAGAAAUUAUGAGAUUUACAAAAAUAA